CCAUUUCCAACCUUAUCACUUUCCGUCUCGAUUACUAAACGCGGUAAUGCGGUUGAGCGCAUUGUUUUCUUCCAACCCUGCUGCGUACUUUGAUGUCCAUUGUCCUCAUUUCUACCGCCUCAUGUCAGUCUCCACUCCACUACUCGCCGUUCCUGGCUACCGUUAUACCACAUUAAAUUUCCAGCAAGAUUCUCCGAGUGAAAAUAAAUCAGACUCCAUUGCUUUGCAAUGUCCAUACUAGUUAUCCUACUCGCGCCAUCUACUUAGUGCUAUCUCCUUGCGGUCUUCUUCCAGAUAUCACAGGCUUGGCAAGAUUAGCCCCGCACUAUCAGGCUUACAAGCAACUGCACAGCCCCAACUUCUAUCAUGGAACUUGAACACCCCGGCCAACGCUUUCGACUCUUUGAUCUUCCUGUCGAGAUCCAAAUAAGAAUACUCGGGUUGUUGGAAAACUCCAAUUUGGAUCUUAUCACUUCAAAUUUUCGCCAAGCUGCGAGCGUUCUGCGGGAUCAUUUUCCUUCCUUCGUCCAGCUUGCCUUCGAUGGAUUCCCGGGUAUGUCGAACAACCAGGAGAUCAGACACAUUAUCUAUCGCAUAAUUAAGGUAUCCCGCACUUUACGUCCCUUUGAACGAGGUCCAAUGGCUUUUGUUCGAUGGAUACGCAAAUUCCAAGCAAGAAGUGACGAUACUCCCCUUCCUGCCCUGCCACGAACAGUCCAGACCCUGAACUCCCUGGAUCAGAUUAUUGAUAGCAUUGAGUUCUGGAUGAUAAGAUUCCACCAUAGUCUGACAAUUGUAUAUGGCGGUAACCUCUGCGACAUUACACUGGCCGUACUGCAGAACACGUCUUGGGAAAAUGAGUAUUCAUUCACGUCAGUCGAGAACUACCGCAUACGUCGAGCUUUGCUGCUUUUUCAACUGUAUUGUGUCCUAUUUCAUCAACCGGCUGAUCAUCGGGAUCAUUCGUUCAAUGGAAGAGUGGCAGAGCAAGCUUUGUUUCUCCAGUCAUUGCAGCCUUUCAUGAUUGCAGAGCUCGAUGGAGUCUACGGAAUGAUUGAGUGGAUCCUAGCAUCACACUUCAGAAUCUCCUGGCACAUCAGCAGACGAUCGACAGCCAUGGUUCCAGGCAGUCAAUCCAGGCCGGGAGGGGCCAAGCUGGAGCACGUUAUGAGUCGAGGGCUGCUGGAGUUGAGACAAUUAAUUCUUCACACUCCCAAACUGACAGGCGACCCCCGCCCAUACGAUGAACGAUGGAACAAGAUUGCUGGGAAAAUGCAGGCGUUCCAAAAUCGGUUCUUUAUGACGGCAUUGGGUAAAUGCUGGAAAUUUCAGUCUGACAAUGCAGGAACAAACUAUAAGGUGGUUAGUUACCCAUCGAAAGUGCCAAUAUCCAUGCGGCGCUGGAAUGGAGCACCAGAAGGAACGAACGAUGGUUCAUGGGCGUACACCAUGACCUACACAAAACCAUCCGGAUCGGACUCGGAAGCCCGUGAAAUUGCAGCUCUGGAGCGCGCGGUUAAUGGCGAUCAGUUCAACUGGCGGGGGCUGGUGUUCUGGGAAAGAGAGCGGCUCAAGCGACACGACAGCCGGAUCAAUUUCGACCCCGUGGUGAUGGCAAAUUUCAGGGGACAGGACCCGGGCAAUGGGCCCCCGAACGCAUGGGUGGAACGAUUAAAGGCGACAGAUCCUCCCAAUGUCGGUUAUCAGCCGAGACUUCGUCCACUUUCCACGGCAAUGUUCUCGCAGUAUACCCUCCUUUCUGGGGCACAGCAUCUGACGAGACUAUACGGGAUGUUCUCGGCGGAGGAAAUGGUGCGGUACAGGUCGGCGAUGACGAGCGGGAUAUCCAUGGAUUUGUAGUUGCUUGCGUGUGUGCUAAUAGGAAACCUGUCUUAGGGGCGUUAUUCAUUAAUAUCCAGCCAGACGAGAUCAAUGCGGGUCUCUAUCCCAUCUCAAAACAAUUCGAAAUAUUUUCUUCUGCAUUAUCUCUGUGCCUUGAUACUCCCGAGUUCUCGCAUCUUUGGUUCGCUGGACCCGCAUUGGUAUAUGUUAAACGGGUCUUCCAGCAAUACAACCCAGCCACCUUAUUCAUCUUGGUAGCACAGGAGAUACUCGAGCUCGUGCGCUUUUCUGUGCCUCGCCAUCAACAACGUAAACCCAAAUGCGAUUCGUGACCAACCCCUUGAGCGGAUACGCCUAUUGCGCCAACCUCACACGCA